AUGGCAAGUCCUCCGAUGCUUUCCAUCGAGAAUGGCAGCGAACCAAAAAAAGUGACGGCCAAUCUGCUGCCGUGCCGCAUACAUCACGAUGGCUCCAUCGACCCUGUCGGCGCAUACUGGAGGCCCACGGACAAUAAAGACAACAGCAAAGAGGCGUACUUUCGCGGCCGAAGACUAAAGGGCAAAACGCUGCCUCUGCCUCAAGGCUAUCGCGGCUUGGUCCUGGAGCGCAAGGCCGACGAGCUGAAAAAGGAAGCACAGCAGCCUUGCAACGGAGAAGCGGCCGACGAUGACGAUGUGGUUGCCAUGGAGACUGUGGGCAAGAUGCAGGCGACGGGCGAGUUUGACGAAAUGGUGAUUUGGUCACACGAGUCCAUGGCCUCUGCCGCCGCAGAUCCCUACGUGCGGAGCAUUGAAGAGUGGCUACAAGUGUCUGAAAAGGCAAGGCCUGCGAUUGAGUGGUGGUCUUCUCAGAGCUACGAAAUGUUGACUGGCCAGCCUACCGGUGCAGACGUGACUGUAGCCACAGACACGCAGCGCACACCGCUCACAACACCACGCAUCAUGGCUCCCUCGAGCGAAGCCGGGUUCAUGAUGUCGGACGCCCCGUCUAUCGCGCCCGCGCAUCGCCGGAACUUGGGUUUUCCAUCGUCCUCGUCUACACGCCCUCGCGGUCCCCCGUCAGAGAACCCCGGCGCGCCCAGUGAAGAUGGAACCGAGGGCUUCGCCGACGACCAGAUGCCACGCACCGCCCGUGGCAACGGACAGGGCUUCGUCCCCCGCGUGCAGGACCGCAUCGGCGUUCUUGUCCAAGAACAUUUUGCCGCUUUUGUUGAAAGCUUCACCGAGGAGCCUGUCCUUGCAGCCGCCCCGACCUCUAGUGCAGUCACAACCGACAAACUCUACAUUGCCCAAAUAAGAGCCAUGCGCGCGUAUUCGCUCUCGACAUUCUACGUCGACUUCAAACACCUUGCAUCAUGGGAGAAUGGCAGUUUGGCUGACGGCGUUAUGCGCCAAUACUACCGCUUCCUGCCCUUCAUCACUGCCGCCCUCAAUGAGCUUCUUGCCAAGUAUGAGCCUCAGUAUUACCGUGACCACAGACAGCCCACCUCCACGUCGAGCGCCGUGUCCACAUCAGCGGCCAGCCAGGUGGGCUCCGGUACGCAGUCCGAUUCUACGCAUCGCAUGAACGAGCGCCAGCAGACCGACAAGCUCUUCUCCGUCGCCUUUUACAACCUGCCGCUCGUCUCGCGCGUCCGCAGCCUUCGCGCCGCCAACAUUGGCCAGCUGCUCUCCAUCUCCGGCACUGUCACCAGAACCUCUGAAGUCCGACCCGAGCUGUCGCUAGCCACCUUUGUCUGCGAGGCUUGCCGCGCCGUCGUGCAAAAUGUUGAGCAGACAUUCCGCUACACCGAGCCUACACAGUGCCCCAACGCCAGCUGUCAAAAUCGCUUGGCCUGGCAGCUGGACAUCCGUCGCAGCACCUUUGUUGACUGGCAAAAGGUGCGCAUCCAGGAAAACAGCUCCGAGAUACCCACUGGUUCCAUGCCCCGUACCAUGGAUGUCAUUCUCCGUGGUGAAAUCGUCGACCGCGCAAAGGCUGGCGAAAAGUGCAUCUUUACCGGCGCUUUGAUUGUCGUUCCCGACGUCAGCCAGCUGGGUCUUCCCGGUCUGAAACCUAGUGCGAUUCGCGACGACCGCGGUGCGCCGCGUGGCAGCGAGGCAGGCGGUGCCGGCAUUAGCGGUCUCAAAGCUCUCGGCGUCCGCGAUCUCACCUACAGACUGGCCUUCCUCGCCUGCAUGGUGAGCGCCGAUACCACCUCCGCCGGCAGAUCUGCCGCUGCCGGUGCUAUGGACGCCAUUGCUGCCCUAACCCGGAACACCGAUCCCGACGACAAGCAAAGCGUCGAGCAGACUCAAGCCACUAUUCUGUCAUCCAUGAACAACGCCGAAAUCGAAGAUCUCCGAGUCAUGGUGCACGGCGACCACAUUUACUCCCGCCUAGUGCAGUCCAUUGCGCCGAUGGUGUAUGGACAUGAAGUCGUCAAGAAAGGCCUUCUGCUGCAGCUGAUGUCUGGUGUUAGCAAGACCACCCCCGAAGGCAUGCAACUGCGUGGUGAUAUCAAUAUCUGCAUUGUCGGCGACCCAUCUACCUCGAAGUCGCAGUUCCUCAAGUACAUUUGCUCGUUUGCGCCCCGCGCUGUUUACACCUCGGGCAAGGCAUCUUCCGCCGCUGGUCUGACGGCCGCCGUCGUCAAGGACGAGGAGACGGGCGAGUUCACCAUUGAAGCCGGAGCGCUCAUGCUCGCCGACAACGGCAUCUGCGCCAUUGACGAGUUUGACAAGAUGGACAUUGUGGAUCAGGUCGCCAUCCACGAGGCCAUGGAACAGCAGACCAUUUCCAUUGCCAAGGCCGGCAUCCAGGCCACGUUGAAUGCGCGCACCAGCAUCCUCGCGGCCGCCAACCCCGUCGGCGGCCGCUACGACCGCAAGGCGACGCUGCGCUCCAACAUCAACAUGUCAGCGCCCAUCAUGUCGCGCUUCGAUCUCUUCUUUGUCGUUCUCGACGAGUGCAAUGAGCAAGUCGACCGCCACCUCGCCAAACACAUUGUCGGCAUCCACCAGCACCGUGACGAGGCCGUCGAGCCAGAAUUCAGCACCGAGCAGCUGCAGCGCUACAUUCGCUUCGCGCGUACGUUCCGCCCCGAGUUCACCGACGAAAGCAAAGAGGUGCUCGUCGAAAAGUACCGCGAGCUGCGCCAGGACGAUGCCCAGGGCGGCAUCGGCAGAAAUUCGUACCGCAUCACGGUGCGCCAGCUCGAGAGUUUGAUUCGUCUGUCUGAGGCCAUUGCCAAAGUCAACUGCGUCGAGACCAUCAGCCCGGACAUGGUCGUCGAGGCGUACAACCUGCUCCGCCAAAGCAUCAUCUCGGUCGAGCACGACGACAUCGAGAUGGACGCCGACGACGACGACGACGAGCCUGAGAGUGGCGACGUCCUCCGCCGCGCCGCCGCCGCCGCUUCCGGCAUGGACGUUGAAACAGGCGACGACGACGCCCCCAUGCAGGACAGCGCCGCCACGACCGUCACGGCUGACGCCAACGCCAACGCCGCACCAUCCGCGGGCCGCGCCAAGCACAAAAUUACCUACGAAAAAUACAUCAAGAUGGUCAACCUCUUCGUGCACCGCAUCAACUCGGACGAGAGCGGCAGCGGCGACGGCGUCGCCGGCGCGGCCCUCAUCACCUGGUAUCUCGAGCAGAUCGAGGCCGAGCUUGCCGGCGAGGAUGACUACCACGCAGAGCGGGCCCUCGCCGCCAUGGUCCUCAAAAAGAUGGUCCGCGAACACAUUCUCAUGGCUCUCCGCGGCGAGGGACUUGCCGAGGCCGACGCUGCGGUCCCGACGCCGUCGUCUUCGGCGGCUGCGGACGGCGACAUUGUGUACGUGCUGCAUCCCAAUUGCGCUGUGGAGGACCUUUGA